AUGGCGUAUCCUGAAAAGUUCACCGGCUUCCAGUCGCCCUCGGCGGACAAGUGGCUCGAGUUCGACAAGAACUCAUGGACCCCGCGCCCGUUUGGCGACCACGACGUCGACAUCAAGAUUGAGUGCUGCGGCGUCUGCGCCAGCGACAAGCACACCAUCAGCGGUGACUGGGGCGGCUGCCCUUAUCCCCUGGCCGUCGGGCACGAAGUCGUUGGCAAGGUGCUCAAGGUCGGCUCCAAGGUGACGCUGGCCAAGGUCGGCCAGCGCGUGGGCGUGGGCGCUCAGGUCUGGUCUUGCGGCGACUGCCGACGAUGCAAGUCGGACAACGAGACGUACUGCACCCAGCAGAUUGACGCCUAUGGCGCGCCGUACCUCGACACGGGGUACACCACUCAGGGCGGCUACUCGUCGCACACGCGUAUCCAUGAGUUUUGGGUGUAUCCGAUCCCCGAAAAGCUGCCCAGCGCGGAGGCGGCACCAAUGCUGUGCGCAGGCAUCACCGUGUACAGCCCUCUGAAGCGUUUCGGCGCCGGACCCGGCAAGAAGGUCGGCAUCGUUGGCAUCGGCGGCCUGGGUCACUACGGCGUGCUCUUCGCUAAGGCGCUCGGUGCCGAUGUGUGGGCAAUCUCUCGAUCGCGGGCCAAGGAGGCGGACGCCAAGAAGAUGGGUGCGAUUGGCCUUAUCGCGACGGGCGAGAAGGGCUGGGACGAGGAGCACAAGGGGACCUUUGACCUCAUCAUCAACACGGCCAACUCGUUUGACGGGUUCGAGCUCGAAAAGUACCUGAGCCUGCUCGACGUGCACGGACGGUGGAACUCGGUGGGCCUGCCGGGCGGCGACGGCAUCUCCAUCAAGAACCAGGACUUCAUCUCCAACGGCUGCUUCAUCGGCACGACUCACCUGGGCAGCCGGCGCGAGAUGCUGGAGAUGCUGGAGCUGGCGGCGGACAAGGGCGUCCAGGGCUGGGUCGAGGAGAUUCCCAUCUCGCGCGAGGGCCUGCAGAAGGCCAUGGAGAAGCUGGAGAAGAGCAGCGUCAGGUACCGCUCGUGCAUGACGGGCUAUGACGAGGCAUUUGGCGCAUAA